AAAGCCUAGAAAUCGACAGGAAAGACAAUAUCAGAACGUAGCAGAAAGUCGUAAUCUUCUGAUUUAUUUUCGUUGUUUCCUGCUUCUUUUCUCUUAGAAUGUAGCAGUUUACGCGGUUUCGAAGAAUGCGCGCAGAUAAAGCGCGCAAACACGUGCUUUGGCAUUCCAAAAUGGCGAAAAAAAGUAGCGAAUGGAGUCGAAUUUUCGAGAGUACGAGCUGCUGGGACUCUCUGUCGUUUAUCAACAUUCAACACAAGUAUCUGCUAAGUAAACUGCGAAGUCAUCAUGCCAGAUAAGGAAAAAGAGAACACUCAUAAUUUAAUAGUAAGUAAACGGUGUUAAAAUUUUGAAGUUUUAAGCUUAACUUUUCGCAAGUUUUGUAAUUACUCCGUAACGCCGCUCACUCCCGAUUAAUGACUUCUCGGCGAAACAGUCUGCAUGUGCAGACUGUGUGUAGAAGGUUGUGAAUUUGUUUUCCACCCUUGUAUGAGCGUUUGUUCAUUUAUGUCUGUAUGAUUAUCUUUGUUCAAGGUGGCCGUUAGAGUGAGGCCUUUGAAUGCGGCGGAAGUGGAGGAUAAAAAUUGUACGGAGAUUGUGCAUGUGCUGGACGAAAAUGUGAGUGGUUAUAUAAUUAAGUUUACAUUCAAUAUUUUUAUGGAUACAGUUCGCCGUUUGGGAGGACUGCCCUUUGCAAUAACGAUGAUUACACCACGGGCACCCCUUUACAACUUGUAGCUCGUUAAGUUUGGGUUCAAACGUUAUAUGCUUUUGUAAGUGCAUGUUUUGCGCGGUGCUUAAGAGAUCGGAAAGGAUAUCGUGGCUCUCAUUACUUUAGUAUAUAUGGGAAAGCUCAUUGUGCCUGUUUGUUUUUAGUCUCGUAGUCGUUCAAAACCAUCCAUGUGUGUGUUCCGGUUCUUAGAAGAGUUUACUUCGGUCCUAGCUUCUUUAUUCAAUAAUAAAAGAGAGUAAUAAAACAAAGACUUAGUAUUCUUUUCUUGUAAAUUUCCGAAAAAAUUAUUCAAUGAAUAUGAAUGAAGCAAUGAGACUUGAAACAAUACUGUAUCUAUGCAAGGAAUUUUUUCUUGGAAAAAUUCAUUGCAUUGAAAACAAGGAAGUGCAGCAAUAUUGUAAUAUGUCAAAAAUAUUAACUACUGAACAAGAUGUAUUAACUAUAGUCCCAGCUCUCAUAAGCGACCACCUCGGAAAUUCGAAAAAGUGGUUGUAACCAGAGCCAGUCGCACUUAACGAGAAUGAGCUGUUUUAAGUGACUGCGUGGUAAAACAAUAGAAAGUGGUCGCUUACGAGAGCUUCAGAAACUUGUUAAUAAUUCAUAAAGAAAAAACAAAAGAAAUUUUGUUUAAGGUUAUCUGAUAUAGACAUGGCUAAACUUUUUUUAGACCAUUAGUGCAUUGUGCAGUUUCAUUUAAGUGCUGAUUUACUAUGAAUAAGACUCUGAGUGGCCAUUGAGCAAAGGAAAAGUCAAGUUGUGUAAUCCUAAAAGUGUUCAUGGUCGUUUAUGGGAGUGGUUGCUUACAACAGCUUUUCAUUACAAAUUUUAAGUCUCAGGAAAUACAAAUUUAAUUGAAGAUAUGAUUGUGGCAGUGGUAAUUGAAAAUAAUUUCGGGACUUCAAGGGUAUUGAAACUCAUGGCCUUUGCAUUAGCGCUGCAGUGCUCUACCAAUUGAGCCAUGAAGACCCAUACUUCGGGAGCAGACCAUUGGAUUAAAUUUGCAAUACCUUAAAUUACAAUUACCACUGCAAUGGUCAUAUCUUCAUUUAAAUUUGUAUUUCCACAGUUCAGUGCAUUGUAAUUUUAUAUCCAAAGUUUGACGAGUUUGCUUUUCACCAACACAUUUCUCUUCUAAACAAAGAGAGGGCUAAUACAUACUAAUGUGUCUGAAUGUGCACUGACGCAUUUGAUUUCAGAGCAGACAUGUAUGUUUGUCAGCUUAGUUGCAUGGACUCGUCCAGUCGGAUGCACAGACUCGUAUUUACUGAUGUGUAUAAUUUACGCGAAUAUUUUGGUGGGCUUAGUUUGGGCAUGCAUUCUACAUGCACUGCACUGUAGCCUGUGUUGCAAAUGCAAAAUUAAGUUAACCUCCGUUUGUAUGUCUGAAGUAGUGACAAUGUCCUUGUUCUGGGACUUAACCAGUGUUUGGUUAUGUCUGUGGCGCAGGCUUACUUGACAGGUGACCCUUUAAUUGAAAUAUUAGGAUAUUUCUGUGGCAGUUAUUUCAGUAACUCUGGUGGAUUGGCAUAUUAUAUUUCAGCUGCUGGUAUUGAAGGAUCCUAAUGAAGAUCAAGAUGACGUUUUGAGGGCAAACAGGUCCAGAGAAAAACAGUACAUUUUUGAUUGUGCAUUUGGUCCAAACUCAAGUCAGGUGAGUCACAUAAUGACAUAUUUGUUUCUUUGGAAUCAGCAGUCAGAUAGGUUUUGUUUUGUUUUGUGAGUGGGUAAAUCCCCUUGCCCAUUAUAAAAUUCAUUACUGACAAAAAUUAACCAUAUCCUGUUUAAGAAAAAGGUUAGGGUUUUAGAUGUAUUAAAUAGCAGUAUUGUGAUGAUUUCUCCCCUUCAAAAAUUUCAAAGGGAAAAAAUCUUAACAAUAUUAUUAAUAUCCUAGCUUGUUCAAGGAAGUGUCUUGAGUGACUGAUUCAUUUUUUGUAGUGUAGGGGUUCCAAAAUCACAGCCUGCAUGGUUGUGAGCAUGUUGUGUUACAAGUUAUUGUAAACAAGCAGAAUUUUCUGUUUGUGAACCCAGUAAUAAGUAACUUGACAUAUUUAGUAACGCUUGAAUUGCUGAUCUAUAGAUCACUUGCUUUGGCCUGUGAUUUGCUAACUGCAUACGUGCCAACUCUCGCGGAUUAUCCUGGAGUCUCCCUGAUAUGGCACUGAUCUCCCGCUCUCCCAUACGGGUCACCAUAAAAUUAUCUGCCAAAUAAAAUCAUCUUUUGAAGCCCAUUUUUGGCUCAAAACUUGAAUUUUUCUUAUUCGCAGUAUGGUUUCUGGGGCAUUUUUGUACGUAUUUAGUCACUGACAAAGAUUAUUUGUGGCAUUAGAACGAUGAAAGAGUACGAGUAGUCCCCAUAUUUCCUCAGGGAUAGUAGAGCGAGCAAAACGCGAGCGCGCGUGUAAAUCACCCCACACGAGAAAGGCGAGAUUCGGCAGGGAGAGAGAAAAAUGACACGAAAAUGACACCGUCGCAUCUUGCCUUCUUGAUAUUAUGUAUUUCAUGUAAGACUUCUUAUAAUGUCCUAAGUCAUUUCCAUUGGAGGCUGGGUCAAUUUGUCAGGGGGGGUGGGGUCUGUUGAAAUUCCGGGGGGUAGUGAAAAAAAGAGAGUCUCAAGAUUUUAGAUCUCCAGAGGUUGGCAUCUCUGUAACUGUUUCCAUGUUCUUCCAACAUCCCAUGUGGGUUAUCUCUUGGUAAACCAAUAGACAAUGAGGCAUUGCUAACAAACGUCUGUCACCUAAUACAUUUAUCUGUACUCUGCAGGCUGAUGUUUACAGUGAAGUGGCCAAACCAUUGAUUGAAAAUGUCAUCACAGGAUACAAUGCCACAGUGUUUGCUUAUGGAGCCACAGGUACAGUUGACUCCUGAUAGCUUGAACCCUCGCUAACUCGAACCAAAAUUGAUUUCCCCUUGAUUUCCUCCAUACAUUUACUGUAAUUUUACCCUUGAUAACCUCCCGCUAACUUGAAGAAAUUUUUGUUUCCCUUCAGAUAAUUUCUAUAUGAUUUUACCCUCGAUAACUCGGACCAUGUUUUAAGCAUAUGGUUACAAGAAUAUUGCACAUAUUAAAAAUGUGUGAAACAAUUUAUCUGUUUUAAGUUAACUAACAUUGGUUCUCAGAUGUUAAAACCUCCUUAAAAUUUCAUCCCCCUCUACCCCAGAAACUCUCAUAAGUUUGUCAAGUGAGUGAAAGGUGAUGAGUGCUAAAGAACCGAGAUGCCUUCAAUUUCAGAAGUUUUGGGACGAGAGAAAUGUUGUUUUUAUUUGAGAAAAAAGUCUCAUGAAUAGUCAAUUAAUCAGUUAAGAGAGCUGGUACAUGUAGGAGGAGGGCGGGUCAGAAAAAGUAUCCUUCACAAACAGGGGGAGGGGGUGAGGUCAGGAAAAUUAAACUUGACCUCCCUGUAUUUUCAAACCAGCCGCCGCCCCCUUUAAAUAAUGGUCCAUCCCUUAAUUGUGAUCGAAUUCGUGAUUUUUGAAACUGUCCUAAUGCAAAGUUAGAAGAAUUUUUUCAUUUCGUUUUCUGAAUUCAUUUUUAGGAGCUGGAAAGACAUUUACAAUGUUGGGUACUGACAGAGAGCCUGGCAUAAUGGCACGUGCCUUGAAUGACCUUUUUUAUGAAAUGGACAGAACCAAGGAAGACAUGAAGUACAAGGUUUCAAUGUCAUACUUAGAGGUUAGGAAUGGUUAGAAACUGUCGAAGUUUUCAGUGUGCUACUGCACAAACGUUCUCUUAGACCUGAUAUGCCUACACCUUAAUUUUGAUUCUAUAAUGGUGUAAUGUGUGUUUUACCCCAACAGAUCUACAAUGAAAUGAUUCGUGACUUGUUAAACCCAUCUUCUGGAUUCCUUGAGUUACGAGAAGAUAGUAAGGGAGUGGUUGUUGCUGGUAUCUCUGAAGUACAAGCUAAGAAAACUAGUGAGGUAAAUAUUGAUUGCAGCCGUAUCUUGGUUAACCUGAGGUUUCAUGUUCCAGGUUUGAUCUUCUUAAAAUUUAAAUUUUAUGGUGAACUUGAAAUAUUCAUGUAGCUUUAAACAAUAAUUUUUUCUGUCAAUUUCUACCAGUCAUUUUUUAUUUCCUUUAUUUCUGACUGUAGUGUUUAAUUUUUUCUCUCUUUUGUAGGUAAUGGACCUACUUGUGAGGGGGAACAAACAGAGAACUUCUGAACCAACAGCAGCAAACAAAACCUCGUCAAGAUCUCAUGCCGUCCUACAGGUUGGAAAAAGAUAUGUGUUUUCUUGCUUCACCUUCACCCUGUUAAAACGUUACUUUGAU